UCGAAUAUCUUGUCAAUAUAAUAGACAAUCUUUGUCAUAAACCAGUGUUUGACUUGGCCGAGCAACUACGUCACACUCCUCUUCCCCUGCUCUCAUCAGGAACAGUGCUGAACUCUCCGCUAGGUUAGGGAGAAUCAAGAUAGCUAAACACGCUCUCCAACCCGGUGGUAGCCCCACUCCGUCUAGCUGAACUACUAGUAAAUAGCUACAGUGGGUUACCUCGUCGGCGUUGCUUCAUGGGUAAAGCAGGUGCGGUGUUGGUCGUUCAUAGGCAAGCUAGCUAGCAGUAUCAUCCCUCCAGGGGCUAGCUAGUAACGUAGCUAGCUAACGUUAGCAGCUCAGUGUUGAUUCCUCUGACUCCAUCAACCGCUGACAGUGGUGCAAAUGAGUGAACCGGGGAAGUGUUUGCCUUCCCCUACUUCUUCAGGGGGGCAACCUGCGGCGUCUGACACAUACAAAGGCUGGUUAUAUAAAUGGACUAACUACUUGAAGGGCUACCAACGCCGGUGGUUUGUCCUUAGCAACGGCCUUCUGUCAUAUUACAGGACUCAGGCAGAGAUGGCCCACACUUGCCGUGGCACCAUCUCCCUGACCACUGCACACAUUGAGGUGGGUGACGCGUGCCACCUGGUGCUGACCAGCGGGGGGCGGAGCUACCACCUGAAGGCCACCUCAGAUGGGGAGAGUCAGCGCUGGGUCUCUGCCCUCCAACAGGCUAAGGCCAACGCCAGUCACAUGAUGCACCAAUCAGAUGACUCUGGAGACGAGGCCCCCGUGCCCCAGCCUGACCGAGCCCUGACCCAGGGGGCUCUGAAGACCCUGGCCAGUAAGCUGGACGACCUGAGCACCUGCAACGAGCUAAUCGGCAAACACGGCGCCGCCCUGCAGCGAUCCCUCAGCGAGCUCGAGGACCUGCGCGCAGCCACAGACGGCACUGACAAACUCAAGACUGUCAACGAGCGUGCCACACUCUUCCGCAUCACCUCCAAUGCUAUGAUCAAUGCCUGUCGGGACUUCCUGGACGUAGCAGAGACACACAGCCGGAGGUGGCAGAGAGCCCUGCAGUAUGAGAAAGAACAGCGCCAUCACCUGGAGGAGACUAUUGAACAGCUAGCCAAGCAGCACAACAGCCUGGAGAGGGCCUGGAGAGAGGACCCCAGCACACACCCAGAUGAAGGUGAGAGGACGCAGGAGGGAGACGCCAGUGAUGAGAAUGAAGAUACAGAGUUCUUUGAUGCCAUGGAGGACUCCCCUGCCUUCAUCACAGUGACCGCCUCUGACCACACCCAGCACAGACGCUCCGGCAGUAACCAGAGUAUCAUGAGUGGAGGAUUACCCAAUAAUGAAUGGAGCCACAACGAGAAUGACUCUGGCUCCAACAACGUGCAGCUGCGUAGAGUUAGACGGAGCCGCAUCCCAAACAAACCCAAUUACUCCCUCAACCUGUGGAGCAUCAUGAAGAACUGCAUUGGCAAGGAGCUGUCCAAGAUCCCCAUGCCUGUGAACUUCAACGAGCCCUUGUCGAUGCUGCAGCGUCUGACUGAGGAUCUGGAGUACAGUGACCUGCUGGACCGGGCGGCUCGCUGCGAAUCGGCCCUGGAGCAGAUGUGCCUGGUGGCAGCCUUCUCUGUGUCCUCCUACUCUACCACCAUCCACCGCACUGCCAAGCCCUUCAACCCCCUGCUGGGGGAGACCUACGAGCUGGACCGCCUGGACGACUUCGGCUACCGCUCCAUCUGCGAGCAGGUCAGUCACCACCCCCCAGCCGCCGCCCACCAUGUGACGUCACAGCGAGGCUGGACCCUGUGGCAGGAGAUCACUAUCGACAGCAAGUUCAGAGGGAAAUACAUCUCUGUAAUGCCAUUAGGCUGCAUCCACCUGCAGUUCCACUCCAGUGGGAAUCACUAUGUGUGGGGCAAAGUCACCUCCACGGUGCACAACAUCAUAGUGGGCAAACUGUGGAUUGACCAGUCUGGGGACAUUGAAAUAGUCAACCACAGGACCAAGGACACCUGCCACCUCAAGUUUGUCCCUUACAGUUAUUUCUCCAGAGACCUCUCACGCAAGGUGACAGGGGUGGUAGCAGACAGCGAGGGCACGGCCCAUCACAUCCUGUCUGGGACCUGGGACGACAAGAUGGAGAGCGCCAAGAUAGUGGAGAGUAGCCGGGGAUGUGGAGGGUCAGAGGGCAAACAGAAGACCGUCUACCAGACCCUCCAGCCCAAACUGCUGUGGAAGAAAUACCCACUCCCGGAGAAUGCUGAGAACAUGCACUUCUUCUCCUCCCUGGCCCUGACCCUGAACGAGCCCGAGGAGGGCGUGGCCCCCACUGACAGCCGCCUGAGGCCGGACCAACGGCUGAUGGAGUCGGGGCUGUGGGACGAGGCCAACGCCCACAAACAGCGUUUGGAGGAACGACAGAGGCUGGAGAGGAGGAAGAGGGAGGCACAGGCCACACAGGUUCUGGAAGAAGACUCCUUAGGCCAAGACAUCGAGGGCUUCCAGCCACUGUGGUUCGAGAGGAGGACAGAUGAUUCAACGGGGGAGAGCACUUACGUGUACAGGGGUGGAUACUGGGAGGCCAAAGACAGACAGGACUGGAGCCAAUGCCCUGAGAUCUUCUAAGGCUCCACCCCUGGGACUGUGACAUCAUCACUGGAGGGCAGAGCUGAAGGACUGAUGGACAAGCAGAGGGAGGGGUCCACAUGCUGCAAACACAUGGACAUGUGGACAGCUCUUUGUCCAUGUGUGUGUAUUUGUGUGUUCCAGAAAGACAGAGCCCUCCAUGCCAAACUUCAAGAACAUUAUGUCCCCUUCACCGACCAGUGUGUUUCCCAAGCAUGGCCUUGUGUGUGUGUGUGUGUGUGUGUGUGUGUGUGUGUGUGUGUGUGUGUGUGUGUGUGUGUGUGUGUGUGUGCAACAGUGAGUUUGAGAGACAUAACUAUUUGAGAUAUUUUGAUUAAGAGUUACAAAAUAGAGCUAAUGCCAGUGGUGGAAAAAGUACCCAAAUGUCUUACUUGAGUAAAAGUAAAGAUACCUUAAUAGAAAAUGACUCAAG